UUAAAGUACUAAAGUACAUGAAGUAACAAAGUACCUGUACUCAGUUUCAUGUGUACUAAUACAAAAAGUGUCUGAGCUUCACUGAGCUGCAGCGGUAGUGACCUGGUGUCCGCUAGAGGUCGCUGCAGCUCCACCGUGCUCGGCCGCUGUUAGCAUGUAGCCGCUAACACGUUUCACCGGCCGCCAUGAAAACACGGAGACUUUAGACGGAGCAGCGGAGGAGUCAUGUCGCUCCGGGAUGUGGCGGAAGGAUGUCAACUCUUCGCGGUGCUGCUCCUGGUUCUGGGUCCCUCUGCUGAAGACAGACACACUGGUUGUGCUCAUGCAGCGGAGCACCAGGCGCACACUGCACACAGAUCUGCUGUGUGUUUCUCAGCACUGGAGGAGGUGGUCUUUGUGAUCCAGAGUCAGAGAAACUCCUACCACGCCCGUCGAGGGGUCCAGAGGAGGACGGAGAUUCUGCAGCAGGCGGCAGAACUUGGACAGGGAGUUCCGGUUGUUGUUCUUCUUCAUGAGCUGUCGGAGUAUGCAGGGGAUUGGAGUAUCCUCCCUGCGCUUCCUCAUCUCUCUGCCACAUGCGGCCAAUCAGCUUCCUGGUUUUUCUUCAUAGAGGAAGAGACCAGAGUCUCACUGGCUGCUCUGCUGCAGGUCCUCCACAGGUAUCAAGGCCACAAGGAAUGGUUUUUGGGUAAACGUCUCCAUGACAACGAGGCUUCCAUCAUCCACCAUUAUGCGUUCUCUGAAGACCCCAGUUCCUUUGGUUACCCUGACCCUGCAGCAGGCUGGGCACUCAGCACGCCUCUGCUCCACAGACUCACUGAGCGGAUCCGACACGGCCACCUGAAGUCAGAUUUUACCAUCGACUUGAAACAUGAGAUUGCUCUGUAUAUUUGGGAGGAAGGACGUGGACCAAAGCUGACAUCAGUUCCAGAGUUCUGCACAGAGUCAAGAGACGACUGCGCUACCACAUUUACAACCUACCUGCCUAACUGUGGAGAGUCGGUCUCGAAGAAUGACGUGUUUGUUGCUGUGAAAACUUGCCAGAAAUUCCACAGGGAGCGAGUGCCAGUGGUGAAAGCUACAUGGGAGAGGGACGCUGGGUUUCUGGAGUAUUACAGUGAUGUCGCUGACGCCUCCAUACCCACCGUCAGCCUGGGAGUGCCCAACACUGAGAGAGGACACUGUGGGAAGACAUUUGCCAUCUUGAGGCGGUUCCUUAGUGACACUGUGCCAAAGGCUGAUUGGCUUCUCAUUGUUGAUGAUGAUACACUCAUCAGUUUACCCAGAUUGCGGCGACUGCUGCGUUGCUAUGAUCCAAAGGAAGCGGUGAGCCUCGGGGAGAGAUAUGGCUACAGCCUGGUUAACCACGGAUACAGCUACACCACAGGAGGAGGAGGGAUGGUGCUUAGUAGGCCUGCAGUCUUCAGGCUCGUCUCCAGUGGUUGUAGAUGCUACACUGAUGACGCUCCUGAUGACAUGGUGCUGGGCCGGUGCUUCACUUCCCUCGGUAUCCCCAUCACACACAGUCCCCUGUUCCACCAGGCCCGACCGGAUGACUACAACGACACGCUGAUCUCCUUGCAGCAGGCCAUCUCCUUCCACAAGCACUGGAACAUAGAUCCUGUGGCUGUCUACAAACACUGGCUGCAGGAAACACACCCACGAGAUGAACUGUAGAAACACUGCACUGUAACAAACUGUAGAAAUGUUGAGCUAUAGCGCACAGUUAACAAAGUGCAAAGACACCGGAAAAUAAUUCUCACAAGACUUAAUAUCUACAUAAAUCAAUAUGCUCAAGAGUUUAACUCAUCUUGGAUAAAUAAACUGCACAAUCACAGCAAAAUGUACCUAACUUAGAGACGAUGCUAAUGUUUCUUGUCAGGAGAUAAUUGUUUGUUAACAUAUUUGCCAGUAUCGGUGUUUAAGCCAUUGAUAAGUGGAUGGUGGUGUCUUAAAAACGUUUUUGACCAAAAAUAUGAAAUAAUACAUCUUAAAAUCUGUCUGGAAAAUCAGCUCAACAUGCAUCAACUUCAUUGAUAAAGAAUAUGGAGAACUUACUGUCGACAACAACUAUUUUUGUGUUUUGGUUGAGCAUCAGUCAGAGUCUGCAUCUGUAAGUCAAUACUGAAGUCCCUGUUUGUUGCUUGUUUUGUGAGUCGCUGGUGUUGUCACUUUAUCCCCAAACUGAACAUGAACUCAGACAGAAUCCAUACAUACACAGAUGGUCCUCGUCAACGUGAAGACACCAAACCAACGGGUGGCGACAUAACCCGAACUGACAAGUCAGGACGACCAAUGAAAACAAAAAUUACAUCUGAACAUUUUUACCCCCGGAGGGAGUUUUACAAAAAGACUUGAAAUGCAGCAACAGUGGAUGAUUAGAUCUUUAAUUUAUUAAUGAGUGAUUAUUCCAAUGUAUUUUUUAAUGUUUGACAAGCACCUUUUUCCAGAAAAGUAAAACCAGAUCUUUAUGUUUUUCCUUUUCUUAUUUUUGUUUGUUUUGUAUCUGUGAAACAAAAAGUUUACCAAGUUGAUUACAACUGCAUUUGUGAUUCUCUAAAGGAUUUUUUCAAUUGAAUUUAUUAUAAUUUUAUAUUUUUGUGAGGCAGUCCGUGUGUGUGUGUGUGUGUGUGUGUGUGUGUGUCAGGUGGCAAGCCUGUAUAAAAAUGCCAUUUUAGAGCUAAAAUAUAAAUGUCUGUGCGCGUACUGAAGAAAAUAAAA